AUGGGUGGACAGCUCCGCCUUAUGGUACCGCCUUCGAAAAACCGAAUAAUUGCAACGAACUGUCCGCCGUCAGUUCACCCAAACCGACAGGCACAAUUGAGACGGGAAAUUGCUGCUAUUCGAAUAGGAUGUCGAGGAAUUGGUCCUUGCGCAACUUUUCCUAACUUAUUUUUAUCCUUAUCAUAUAGGUUUGGGGACAUUUUUACCGGAAAAUUUUCCGGGAAUUUCACAAUUUGGAAAAGGCUUAUUUGGGACAUAGAGGCCGCAUUAAAUCCAUGUUGUUUUUGUCUUAUUAAUCCGUGGCAUUUGACGGAAGUAACAAGUAAUGAAGGUGGAAGAGAGUAA